AUGUCACCAUGUCAGCGGGUCGCCAUGUCAGAAGCUGAAUAUGGUGCUUUCGCUGCAGCACUCGCAGCCACUGCCUUUGGUGCUCCCACCACCUUCCAGUCCGUUCCUGUCACACUCCACUGGUCCUUCCUUCUCUCUCUGCUCACAGUGCUGCCCUCCGCGCUCCUCUUUGGCUCCCACUCACACCUCUGGCGAUCCGUGCUGCUGCAAUUCAGCCCAGCGUCACUGCCAGAGGCGUGUGUGGUGACGUCAGCCCAUGGGGCGGUGGUGGGGGCAUGGGUGGGGGCAUGGCCCAUGCCCCUGGACUGGGAAAAGCCGUGGCAGGCAUGGCCUAUCAGCAGCACCUACGGCAUAUUGUCGGGCUUCUUGAUUGGUCUGCUUCUGCCCCACAUUGCCACGUGGCUGCUUCCACCAAUCAUUGUAUCGCAAUUGCUACAACGCAAACAGCACAGUGCAUAG